GUAAUUUACCGUCGAUACGAUAGUGGGGAGUAACACACAUUCAGAGCACAGUUUCUUUCGUGUAAUAGUUGUGUUGUGCAUCAAACUCCAAAAAAAUGACUGAUAAUUAUCCCGAACAUUUGAAUCCCUUCGCCGAUGAAAAACCAAGACCAAAACUCACAAUUCGGGACUCUUUUAAAGAACUCAAAAAAAAUCUGAGACAAUCUUUUCGGAUCAAAAAGAAGGAAAACGAUGAAGUGACAAUUCGGCAAAAAAGCGAAACCCUCAGGAGAUUGCCUUUGUCGUACCCAAAUCAGCAAAACGAAGCACUUCCUCGUUCAAGAUUUCGGGAACGCGUAACAACCACAAUUACAAGUUUUCCGGGCCCAAAUCCAUUUGAAGAAGAAGAAAAACGGCAGAAUGCCACCACAGCAAGGCGGAGAGGAAAGAAGCGGGCGCCUUUGCCCCCGAAAUCGAUGUCUAGUCAAAAUGUUAGUAAUUUGGAAGCUUCGUCGGGUGGUUCGCACUGGAGUUUGACUUCUGCCGACACCGACUGUUCCCUAUCGACUGAUAAUGGGAGUCGUGAUGACGAAGUAAAGAAAGAUGCAAUGAUAGAUGAGUUCAAAGACUUUAAUAAAAAUAUGGAAGCGUUAAAAGACGACAGUAAUAAUAAUAAUAUGAUUACCAAAGAGAAAGCGGAAUCAAAUAAUAACAUUCCAGACUUAGUAAUAUCUUGUCCCAAAGAUACAGAAAAAAGUGAAGAAUUAGAAGAAUCUGUGCAAGAAAUUGAUAAUUUGUCUGUCAUAUCGGAGGGAGAUACUUCAGAUCUAAUUGUUAAGGAUAUUACGAGUAAUGUGAUUGAAGAAGAAAAAGACGUGAAGAAUGAAGAGGAGGCCGAGGAACCGGAUAUAAAUUAUUGUGAGAAGAAGUCGCUCUACAUCGCUGGAUCUCGUGACGAUUUGGAUGAUUCUUCAAAUACUUUUACUGGAAGAGUUUCCUUGUAUAUAACAGGAUCAUGUGACGACCUUGAUGCUAGUAAUAACAACGAAGUUUGUAAUAAAUCUGUAACCGACGAAAAUAAUAUCUCUGAUGCAGUUCCGACACCCAAGCAAAGAAAAAAUAAAUUGUCUAAAAAUAUCCUUUUAGGAAAGGAAUCAGUCUGCAAUUAAACACUGCAUUGAAUUUUUUUAUUGAGUUUAAAUUAAAACUUAACAGAAACAAUAGGGAAUGCAAAUUAGCAAAAACUUAUUUCCUAUACAGUUCUCGUUAGUAAUAGUAAUAAUAACACUGUAACUAUGAACAAUCUAUAAAUCAACAAAAUAAGUCUAAUGGACGGUGCUGUAGAGCUGGAUGACUUUCAGAGAGACGUUCUGUCAACUAAGCGAGAAAUUUCGCUUAGGACGCCAAACCUAUAGUGAAAAUUUUGAAAAAAUAAACCGUUAUGUAUU